AUGGUGGAGCUGGAGGUGGAAGGCAGAGUGGUUGGCACAACACUCGGCCUUGAGAACAGUGAAAGCCUGACCGCUGCCCUUCCUGUCUUCCGCGUGAUCGACGGCAUUUUCGUGGCCUUCUUCACUCUGGAGCUAUUGCUCAGGAUCUACUUGGAGAGGUCGGAAUUCUUGCACGACUACUUGAACUGGUGGGAUGCGGUCCUGGUCUUUGCGGGUUUGGUGGACGUGGUCUUGAGCCUUCUGCAGGCCGAGUCAUGGCUCGACAACGCCGUGGUCCGUCUCACACGGGGCCUUAAGGCGCUCAGGGCUUUUCGGAUGAUGCGGAGCUUCCGUCUCUUCCGUGGCUUGCGUGUGCUGGUGAAGGCAUGCCAGUGCUUCCUGCCCUCGCUUUUUUGGUCCAUGGUUUUGCUUGGAGUCUUGAUGUCCAUGGGAGCUUUGAUGCUGGGACACCUGCUGCAAGACUUCCUCAGCGAUCCACUUCAGGACCUGGAAGACCGACAGUGGGUUUGGACCCGGUAUGGAACAGCGCAGAGGGCCAUGUACACCCUGUAUGAGAUCACGUUCAGUGGCUCCUGGCCGAGCAACGCACGGCCCGUGGUCGAAAAGGUCAGCCAGACCUUUGUGAUCUUCUUCGUGCUUUAUGUCACGCUGAUAGUUUUCGCCGUAAUAAGAGUUAUAAGUGCCGUUUUUCUCAAGGACACACUUGAGGCAGCCCAGAGUGAUGCGGAACAGCUUGUGGUUGAAAGGAUGCACAAAAGAGCUGCUUACAUCGAGCAGCUGGAAGGCGUUUUCCGAGCUAUAGACGUAACUGGCACUGGGAUGAUCGGCGAAGAGCGCUUGUCCGAAAUUCUGGUGAAUCCCAGGGUCAAGGCAUACUUUCAGACCAUCGACCUGGACCUGCAUGAAGGAACGGCACUCUUCCACCUCUUGGCCAAUGGAGAGGGAGAGGUAACUCUUGACGAAUUCAUCAGCGGCAUAUUGAGAUGCAAGGGUCCUGCGCGUGCGAUUGACCAAGUGGCCUUGCAUGCGGACUUGAAGCACAUUGAAGCCAAGUUGGACAAGAUCGCAGCCCACGUAUUAGAUGACCCGCUGCAGCCAGUUUCUGCCCGGUGCCUCCGUGCAGAGAGCCUAAAGGCUUUCCGCGUUGAUGCAUCUCUUGAGGUAACGAAGCUAUUCAGCCGCUGA